CCGGCAGCUCUCCGAGGGGCCGGAGCGCGGCAGAGCCAUGCAGUACCCGCACCCCGGUCCCCCAGCUGGCGCCGUGGGGGUGCCGCUGUACGCGCCCACGCCGUUGCUGCAGCCUGCGCACCCGACGCCGUUCUACAUCGAGGACAUUCUGGGUCGCGGGCCCGCCGCGCCCACCCCCACGCCCACGCUGCCGUCCCCCAACUCCUCCUUCACCAGCCUCGUGUCCUCCUACCGGACCCCGGUGUACGAGCCCACGCCGAUCCACCCCGCCUUCUCGCACCACUCCGCUGCCGCGCUGGCCGCCGCCUACGGACCCAGCGGCUUCGGGGGCCCUCUGUACCCCUUCCCGCGGUCGGUGAAUGACUACACGCACGCCCUGAUCCGCCACGACCCCCUGGGCAAACCCCUGCUCUGGAGCCCCUUCCUUCAGAGGCCUCUGCAUAAAAGGAAAGGCGGCCAGGUUAGGUUCUCCAAUGACCAGACCAUUGAGCUGGAGAAGAAGUUUGAGACCCAGAAAUACCUUUCCCCGCCUGAGAGGAAGCGUCUGGCCAAGAUGCUACAGCUUAGCGAGAGGCAGGUCAAAACCUGGUUUCAGAAUCGUCGCGCUAAAUGGAGAAGACUAAAACAGGAAAACCCUCAAAACAAUAAAAAAGAAGAACUGGAAAGUUUGGACAAUUCCUGUGACCAGAGGCAAGACUUGCCCAGUGAACAGAAUAAAGGUGCUUUGGAUAGCUCUCAGUGUUCGCCCUCCCCUGUCUCCCAGGAAGACCUUGAAUCAGAGAUUUCAGAGGAUUCAGAUCAGGAAGUGGACAUCGAGGGUGAUAAAGGCUAUUUUAAUGCUGGAUGAUGACCACUGAUGUUGGCAUGUUCAGAAAAAUGGACUUGGGAAUAUCAUUUGCUUUAGAAAAUCUUCAUAGAUGGACUGGAAAACUGUAUGAAAAGGGAAUCAUUUUGCUGGUAUUCUGGAAACCUAAAAUAUUUGCUGCACUGGCUAAAUAACAAACUCACAUUGAAACCUGAAUUUUGACUUAAAUAGUUUAUGUACUGAUUUUAGGUUGUAUGAUAAAGGGACUCCACUGAUUAAAUUCACCCCCCCCUUAAGAAGUAAAUUGUUUUUUCUAUUUAUAAAAGUAAUUUUGAACUUAAAAAAUUUUUUUAAGUUAUAACUUUAAAUAUUUUAAUAGGACCUU